AUGUAUAGGCUUCAAUUCGAGGAAGUGCGCUUCGGCUCUGCAACAAAUAUGGAUUUCCCCGACGACGGUCCUUUCAAGGCUUUCAUCGGGAACCUUCCUUUCGACGGCGUCCAAGGUGACAUCGAGGCGAUCUUGAAGUAUGUCGGUUUCACUGACGAUCAGAUCCAUUCAUUUCAAGUACGCAUGGUUCGAGACCGCGAAACAGAUAAGUUCAAAGGAUUCGCUUAUGUAGAGUUCAACACCGCUGAUGAGUUGCGCAAAGUCUUGGAUAUAAAUGGAGUGGACUACGGUGGAAGGCCCCUCAAAAUCGACAUAGCAAGUCAACGAGCAAAUGACCGUGGAGGUCGCGGAGGACGUGGUGGUCGUAGUGGCGGUUGGACAGCAGUCGAUCAUCGUGUUGGGCAUGGUCAAAGCAGUGGUUUUCGUGGCGGUCAUACCGGCCGCCAACGUCGUCGGCCUUCGGACCGUCACCUCGAAGAGGAUGAAUUUGUGGAACAUCCUGACCCGAGAAGCCGAGGAAGAAGCGGCUCGCCGUGCCAAAUUAUUCAUGGCUUAGAUAGACUAUCGAAGCGGCUUCUCGUUCCGGUUAAUCUUUUCGGAAGAGAGUUUAGCCAGGUUUACUUGCCUACCUCACUAUUUGUAGUGAGGCUGUUAUUGGUGACAUUUUGUUGUUGA